AGAAAUACAAGUACUACAUUGCAUAUACAUAUAUAGAAUAGGUGAUUGAGAUCAAGAACAAGAGCAGAUAGCAAUGAAGUCUGUUAUUUUGGGUAUGAUAUUGGUGGUUGUGGUGGUGGGUGGAAGCUCGGCACAAGACACAUGCUCUUCUACUCUGUCGAGCCUGAAUGUGUGUGCGCCGUUUGUGGUGCCUGGCGCUGCGGCCAACCCCAGCCCCGACUGCUGUGGCGCCCUUCAGGCCAUCAACCACGACUGCUUGUGCAGCACUCUCCGCAUCGCCUCUCGUAUCCCUGUGCAGUGCAACCUCCCUCCCCUCGCUUGCCCCAACUGACUUUGGAAUUUCAAUCAUCGACAAUAAUGCUACAAACUUGGGAUUUCUUUACUAUUUUCCUUUUUUUUUAAUUACGUGUGUGACAGUGUCUGCUCUGCUGAAGUCUUUGAGCAAUACCAUGUAAUGUUAGCUCAAGGUAGAGCAAAUGGUCGCCAAAUAACCAACAAAGAUGGUUUCCAUUUCCAGGAAUAAAACUAUUUUUAACUUCCUAA